CAGGAAAUGUUGAACAGAGGAGGCAAACUUGUCCCCGAGUUGUUCGCAUGGAGGCUGCAGCUUUCACCGGAGGAACUUCAUCAACAUGAACUUUCACCACAGCAGCACGCAGGGUGUGAUCUACAGCUGGCUCGACGUCUGCUUGGUGCCCGAUCGUGUGCGUUAAACGGCUGACUCAAGAUGCAGGGGGCCAUCGCACGUGUCUGCAUGGUGAUGGCCGCCGCCAUACUCAACCACCCCUUGCUCUUCCCCCACGAAAACGCCACGCUGCCGGAGCAAGACGAGGACGUCGUGACUCGCAUGCGGGAGCACGAGGAGAAGCUGCAGACCGAGCGGUCCCGGCUGGAGAAAGAGCUCGCGCGGCUGGACCCCGAGCCGGAGGAGGUGCCCUCGGAAGACGGUUUCACUUGGUACUUUUGGAGCGCCGUGUCUUUCGUGAUAUUCAUCGCCAUCGAGAUGUGCAGGGUGGAUCUCGCCGAGGAUGAAGUCCGUCCAGUAGAGGACGAAGACGUGACGGCUGAGACCGGAUCGUCCCCGCCUGGGACGAUGGAUAAGAACGCCCUGAGGAACUUCUGCGACAAGUGCGCCUACGCCUCCUCCCAUGAGAACUGGAGGGUGAGGGAGUUCGUGGAGGGCUUUGCUGACGACCUGCUGGAGUCGCUGCGGAGCCUGUGUGACAGGGAGGUGGACAUGGAAGUGGGGGAUUUCAUCGGUAUAGGGAGCAUGUUUGAGUCCUGGAAGGUGUGCAAGCCUCUGAUGUGUGACCUCUUAGUGCCUUUCUCACCUCCGGAUCCCCACUCCUUCCAGUACCAUCUGUGGUGCAGCUCCUCCGCUGGCAUUCCACCAGACAUGCAGGGUUGUGGCACCAUAAAGGUGACCAUGUUUGGGGAGGAUGAGGGGGGUUGCCUCUGUGGUUCUGCCAACCUGGGAGAGGACAUGCUGUGUCUGCUGCAUAAUAAUACGCCGGUCAAAGUAAACCGCAGCCCAGACGAGCUGCUGUGCUCCAAGGGCACGCAUUUGUUAGCCAAAGAUCAAGUCAUGAGGUGGUUCCAGAUCUCCGUCACCAAAGCCUGGGGGCGCAUCUCCCACAAAUACGACUUCGAGAUCACCUUUCGCAAGCUGGACGCCGCUGGGGCUCUGAAGAUCCGGUUCCGCUCUGGAAAGGUCAUCGUGCUGAACCUCAUCCCCGUGGUUCAGCUGGAGGACACGGACGCCUAUUUCGUCUCGCACUUUCCGUCGGAUCAGAUCGGCGCCCCAGACCCAUACUGGUCUCUCUCUUUAGCCGUCUAUGAGAGAAACCUGCUGAAAUAUUUUGCUAAGCGACUCCCGCAAAACUCUUGCCACCUGCACUGCCUCCAGGUCGCCACUUUCCUGCACAGAAAACAGUCGAGUCUGACGGGAGAAUCUGCUCUCACUAGCUACCACCUAAAGACCGCGCUGGUGCACUUGCUGCUCGGCACCAAGGCCAGUGCGUGGGGCGCAGCCAGCCUGGGGCAGAGGCUUCAGGACGUGUUCAGCUUCUUGCAGAGGAGCUUGCGGGAGAAGAGACUCUACCACGCUCUGAUUGGGAACAGCAAAAUCCCCGAGGACAUCCAGGUUCCUGAGAGAUUCCGCAAAACGGAGCCCGUCAAUCUGUUCAGGUCACUGGUGCUGCGCGGGGAGCUUUACGCAGCGACGGUCAGGCACCUGCAGGAGAUGCUGCGAAACGGACCUGUUCUUAUAGAGGAGUACACGCCUCACUUAUCCAAUGGAAGUUUACACCACGGCCUGGAGGACCGCUUAUAGGCAGCGACGAAGGGCAGCACCAGCUUUCAAGCUAGUCGCAGCCUGGAUGAGUUUUGUAUACAGUCCAAGAACUAUAAGAACAUAUGCCCAUAAAAUGGCAGUCUGGUUUUUUACCUACAGUUAAGCCAAAAGUUAUUCAUACCUCUGGCAGAUUUAGGUUUAGGUCUAAUUUUAUCACCAUGUUUCUUCUUUAGUGUUGCACAGCUAGAGUCUGGGACUGAAUCUGAUGGAGAACUUAUGCAGUGAGCAACUGAUCAGGAUGAUGGCAAAGACCUUCUAACCUCAAAGACCCAUCUUUAAAACAUCAUAAAAUAUAGUUUUUCUUUAACAUUGACACUGCAUUUACAAUGUUUCAUCAUUGUUUGAGAGGAACCAGCCUCAUUUCUUACAAGAAACAAACUUCUUAGUUGAAUAUAAAACGAUUUGAAUCCUCAUCGGCCAGAGGUGUGACUAGUUUUGGGCUCAACUGCAACCAAUAACAGAAGUAAUUUAUGCUUUCUGAUAGCUGUGAAACAAACAGCAUUUUGCAGAAAGGUCUUUAGAGCAAGUGUAGGGGUUCGCCCAGAAAUCAGUUUUAACGCACGAACCGCCUGUGCUCAAGAGCGCCGGUCACUCUUGAGAUUCUUAUUUUAUAACUGUUAACAUUUAAAUAUAUUUACAACCGUUGUGUCAAGUUUUGCCGAAAGUGUUGUUUGCGGUCGCUGCUGUUUUCAGUCAUGAAAGUUAAAGCUAUAGUUGGUAAUCCUGUGCAGAAACUUUUUGUUAUACUGGGUAAAACGGUCCUUCCGCCCUGACAGCAGUCAUUACAUUAUGUUUUCAGAAAAAGGAGGUUAAAAAAUGUAUCUCUGGAGGAGCUGCAGGCCUGUAGAAACGCUAACAAAUCACUGCUCUUCGGCAGGGAUUUGUCAGAGUUUUGUUUUUUAACCAGUGUAACCAAGACACUGUCAAAGAUUUAUCUGUCAUAUUUUAACAGGCUAACCUUUUGUUUGUUCAAACUCUUGCCAAUGCAAAGGCAGCUGAUUUUUUUUUCUCCAUUUCAUUUUUAUUGUGAUACAUAUAUUGUUUUGGUGCCUGAUAUCUGCAGUUUGUUUUUAAUAAACAUACAAAAAGAAACAGAUUUUAACCAGAGACUGAAAAUGUCAAAAAAAAUUUAUUUCAAACAAAAGUGCAUAAUUUGGACUUGGGUGAUCAGAACCCUUAUUUGGUCGUAGGAAUACAAAUUAAUUUACUUUGUGACAAUUAUAAUUUCCUCCUAGAACAAAAUACCUCAAACAUAUAGAGUACUGAGAGCAUUUAAUGGACGGCGUUUGCGGCCUGAAUAGAGAGGGACGGGUGACCAGCUGUGUGUUUCACAGCUCCAGGUCGUAGUCGGGUUUCCCCUCAGCAACGCUCUGAUAGAAGGCUUUGUAGGUCUCCCUGCUGAACAUGGUGUUUUUAACAGCUGGGUCCUCCAGCAUGAGCUCAGUCCACUUCUUCAGCUCAGGUGUGUGGUCCAGGCAGCUGAACAGACAAAGGGAAUAAAAAAUGAUUCAGAGCAGAACAUGUCAAGAGCAAACUCUUUGAUUCUAGUUUUUGAAAACUAAAAUAAAAAAGGCAAUGACUACAGUCGACAGCCAAUCAAGUCCUUGACUGUUACUGUACUGAGUGAGCUAACAAUAGUUGUGGUACUUUUCAGGACUGACAAACACCUCAGUAUUACGUCCGGCUCGGAUUUACUGGUUAGAUCCCAUCUGGCAACCCCUCACAGCUACAGACUGUAUGAAUGAUUACUUCAAAGAAAAUAUUCUGCUCAUGUUAUUUUCACAGUUUGUGUUUUUUUUAACCACAAAUGCUAACUUCUAACAUCCUUGUGUAUUUGUACAGUUUUGUACCUAUUCAAUUACCAGAAGUAUUUUAACACUUGCCAAAAAAAUAAAAUGGUAUAUUUAUUAAUGGCA